AUGAGGAUACUGAAACAAGGCAGGUUAACACUGCUCCUGAUGCUCACCAUUGCACUGGGAUCACUAUGGAUCCUCUUCCUACUAACAAGCAGUAAACCAGGCUGUAAUCCCAGCUCCGUUCUCGGGUACAGCUGGUUGGACUAUACAGACUCUGAUGACAGCCCAGAGAAAGUCUGCAACUGCUCAGCUAUCCUGCAGGGAGAGAGGGAGGCACUGGAGCAGGCCAAAUUACUGACCAUCACCAAAGACUUCCGCAAGAGUGUUCACAUCCCUGAUGAACAUUACAUGAAUGCAACCGAAGACUGCAGUGCAUUCAAAUUAAGAAGAAAAUACUUAACAUCUCCGUUGAGCCAGGAAGAAGAGGACUUCCCCCUGGCAUACUCUAUGGUUAUGCAUCGUAAGGUGCAGAGCUUUGAGCGACUGCUGCGAGCCAUCUACGCACCUCAAAAUAUAUAUUGUGUCCAUGUGGACAAAAAGGCAAAAUCCUCAGUCUUAUUUGCCAUCUGGGCAAUAACUGCCUGCUUCCCGAACAUCUUCUUGGUCAGUCAGCCUGUUGAUGUGGUCUAUGCCGCCUGGCCACGUGUCCAGGCUGACCUUAACUGUAUGGCGGAUCUCUAUAACACCAGCACAAAAUGGAAAUACUUCAUCAACCUUUGUGGCCAAGAUUUCCCUCUGAAAACCAACUUGGAGAUUGUAAGGACACUGCGUUCACUGAGGGGCAGGAACAGCAUACAUUCAGAAGAAAUGCCUGCAGGUCUAAUGCGGAGAGUGAGAAAUGCACACAAAAUAAUAGAUGGAAGAAUCCAGGAUACAGGAAAGGCAAAGGAGCCUCCUCCCAUCAACAUAAACAUAAUGUAUGGAAAUGCCUACUUUGUGGCUAGUCGGGGCUUCAUCCGCAGUGUAUUGGAGGACCACCGUUGGGUCGACUGA